AUGUUGAUCUUCCUCGUGCUCUCAUUCUUCUUGUUGUCGCCUACAGGGGGUGGAGCUGGAGCACAUGAUCGCGAUCACGAUGAUGAGUGCAGGCCCAGGAGGUGUGGAGACAAGGGCCCCGAAAUCCGGUUCCCGUUCUGGCUAAAGGAUAAUCAAUCGGUUCGUUGUGGCUAUGGGCCUGGCUUUGCUCUAACCUGCUCUCCUACCAACAACAGCGAAACCCUGGUUGAUAGCCCAUUCUUUUUCAAGGCAGUGGUCAAAGACAUCGAUUACCGCCACGAGGAGUUAACAUACCAGUUCUCCAGUUGUUUUCCGCAUCAAAACCUAAGCUUAAUAUUCAACACCUCUCCCUUCCUAUAUUUCUCGGGGAACAGUAUUACUCUCUGUGAACACUACAUAUUCAGUUGUCCCUCACCACUCCCUGAGCCCUCCUACUUCUUAGAUCCAUAUUAUUAUUAUAACAAAUAUGCAUCACUCCCAUGCCCUAGCCGUCUAGGUCACCAUCUGUACUUGAUGAAUUCAGAUUCUAUCAGGCAAAACCUUUUGAAUUGCACAAAGAUGCAUACCAUUCCAUCAGUUCCAUGUAUAUACAUAGAAUUCCUUCGGUAUGCUGGCAACUUGGCCAGCUGGUCGUGGAACGGACCAGUAGAUUGUUGGAAAUGCGAAAAAAAAGGCAAGUAUUGCAGACGGAGUAGUAGCAACAACAGCAAGAAGUAUGAAACCGAAUGCUUUAACCCUAAGCCACCAACAACAAGAGGUGAAGCGAAAGCCCCACUUGUUACAGGACUGAUCCCACUUGGCAUUUUUCUUCUUGUUGUACUUGCCAUAGCUACAUAUUUUACCCAUAGAUCCAUCAUUUUAAAGAAAGAGGAUCAAGUAAAGGUUGAAAGAUUUUUAGAGAAUUACAGAGCUCUCAAGCCUACAAGGUACACAUAUGCUGAGAUAAAGAAAAUCACUCAAAAUUUUAAGGAAAUCCUCGGCCAAGGAGGUUUUGGAACAGUUUACAAGGGAGAGCUUUCCAAUGAUGUUCCUAUCGCAGCCAAGAUCCUCAACAACUUCACUGGUAAUGGAGAUGACUUCAUCAACGAAGUGGGAACAAUAGGUACGAUCCACCACGUCAAUGUGGUUCGCUUGGUCGGAUAUUGUGCUGAUGGGUAUAAAAAAGCUCUUGUUUACAAGUAUUUGCCGAAUGAUUCUCUAGAGAAGUUCAUAUCAACGGAUCAUAAAAAAGCUUCACUUGGUUGGGAGAAGCUCCAAGAUAUUGGUAUAGGCAUAGCCAAAGGAAUUGAAUAUCUUCAUCAAGGGUGUGAUCAAAGAAUCCUUCAUUUCGAUAUUAAGCCUCAUAACAUCUUGUUAGACAAAAAUUUCAUUCCAAAAAUCUCUGAUUUUGGGCUAGCCAAGUUGUGCUCGAAAGAACAAAGCGUUGUAUCCAUGACAGCUGCUAGGGGAACCGUGGGUUAUAUUGCACCGGAGGUGUUCUCUAGGAACUUCGGCAAUGUGUCACACAAGUCAGAUGUCUAUAGUUUUGGAAUGUUGUUGCUUGAAAUGGUUGGAGGGAGGAAGAAGAACAUUGAUGUUUGUGCAGAAGAAAAUAGCGAUGAAGUUUACUUUCCUGAAUGGAUUUAUAAUCGUUUAAAUCGCGAAGAAGUAAAUAACAAUGAAGUUGAGGAAGGAGGAGAUGCCAAGAUUGUUAAGAAGCUAACAGUUGUAGGACUUUGGUGCAUCCAGUGGUACCCAGGAGACCGGCCCUCAAUGAAAGCUGUGGUUCAAAUGCUUGAGGGAGAUGGAGAUACUUUGGGCAUGCCCCCGAAUCCCUUUUCUACCACCAAUGGGUCAAUUACAAGGGGAAACAUGGGCGGAAGGCAUUUUAGCAGUAUCUUAGAGAUAAUUUCUGAAUCCGAUUGAGAGAAGUACUGUUGCAUAAUUGGACAGAGUUUUUGGGGGAGUCAAAUGCGCUAUCUUUUGUUUGUGAGUAUCGUGUAGAAGUUUAAUUUGGACUCAUCUAUUGUUGUGCCCUUAUUCCAAUACUAUUUACUACCGAUAGAUCGAGUAAACUCGAAAUUCUGUGAGAGUCCAGUAAUUCGAUGGUGUAUGCAUAGUUUUGCUUUGUUGGUUAUUUAGGAAACUGCAAUUUAAUACUCUAGGACUUUGAGAGUCAAGUAAUUCAAAUGGUGUAUAUAUGUAUA